UUAAUCAAACGACUCUUUACUCAAGUAAGGAAUUAGCCCAUUCUUUUUCUUCCGGUCAUCUUUCCUGUUUCUUUCGUUUUCUGUUCCAUCAAAGAAUAAUACCCGACAGAAACGGGAAGAUUAUAGAACAUUGAGAGGUUGUGGGUGUUUAUGGGACAUGGGUUUCGAGGCGUCUUCUCGCACAGGUUUCAAGGCAGAGUUUGGACAAUUAUAAACUUCAGUUAAAUUACCUCUUUCCAAAGUAGGAGGUACUGAAGGACAAUGCCUCGCAAAGGAAACUAUCAAGCUGAUUAUUAUGACAAAGAUUAUGAUUAUGAGGAUUAUGAGGAUUAUGAUUAUGAUCUUGAUGUAGAAGAAAAUGGAGAAGCUGUUGAGACAAACCAGGAAACUGUUCGGCAUGGGAUUUGGCGUUGCUCAAUUUGCACAUUUGAUAAUGAUGAGAGUAUGUCUGCAUGUGAUAUUUGUGGGGUUCUUCGCUAUCCUUUGGUUAACAUUCGCAACAAUAAUGAUACAAAAACAGCUGAUGGCAUAUGCAAAGAUUCUGGAGCAUCUAUAAUGGCCAAGUCUCUUUUUGCACAAUUGCAGCAUCGGACACUGAAAAAGGCUGUGAUCUUUCAACAACAGAAUGAUGAUGUUGUGAUAGAAGAGAGCUCUAACUUCCAAAAGCAUGGGAAUAUCCAAGGACAAUUUCACGAGGUCCAUAAGGCUUUUAGCUUUCAUGGACUUCACCAUAUCAAUAUAGCCCCUUUCAAGUUUGAUGUUCCUUCUCCAGAUGAAUUAGUUUCUAACGGAAUGCAUGCCUCCAAAAUGGCUUCAAAAGCCAAUCUCACCACUUCAGUAUCUUCUGAAGUUCCGUCAAGAGUCAUUGAUAAGCAUGGUUUAGUUAAUAAACAAUCUAGUGCUAAAAGAUCAGAUAGGUCCUCUGAUUUGAUGCCAAAAGGCAGACAUGAAAAUGUGGGUGACAGAGACUUUUCAGAGAGUGGUGCAGCAAAUACAGAGUCAAGUGCUAAAGGUUCAGAUAGCUCAUCCAUGUUGAUGCCAAAAGGAAGAAAUAAUAACAAGGAUGAAAGCAAUAUUUCUUCAAUUGACAAAAACAAACGUCAAAGUAUUUCUGGCAAUUUGUUGUCCAGUAUGACUUUGAAUGUUAAAUCUGAAUACUCAAAGAGCAGUAGUGCUGGAAAAUCAGUUUCAGAUGUGCACUAUAAGCCCGAGAAAUGGAUGAUCCCUGAUCAAGAAAAUGAUGUUCUGACUCAAUUGAAUCUUGCAAUCGUUGGUCAUGUUGAUUCUGGGAAAUCAACUCUCUCAGGAAGACUGCUACACCUAUUGGGACGAAUAUCCCAAAAAGAAAUGCACAAAUAUGAGAAAGAGGCUAAACUACAGGGCAAGGGUUCGUUUGCUUAUGCUUGGGCAUUGGAUGAGAGCACAGAAGAAAGGGAAAGGGGCAUAACUAUGACUGUAGCUGUUGCUUAUUUUGACUCCAAAAAGUAUCAUGUUGUUGUGCUUGACUCCCCAGGUCAUAAAGAUUUUGUUCCAAACAUGAUUUCUGGCGCAACACAAGCAGAUUCUGCAAUUCUCGUUAUAGAUGCCUCAAUUGGUGCAUUCGAAGCAGGUGUGGAUAGUACUGGAGGGCAAACAAGGGAACAUGCACAACUUAUUAGAAGUUUUGGUGUUGAUCAAAUUAUAGUUGCGGUUAACAAAAUGGAUGCUGUGGAAUACUCCAAGGAACGGUUUGAUUUCAUCAAAAUGCAGCUUGGAACUUUUCUCCGUUCUUGUGGUUUCAAGGAUUCUUCUGUGUCCUGGAUUCCAUUGAGUGCCAUGGAAAAUCAAAAUCUGGUGGAAGCAGCUUCUGAUGCUCGUUUGUCAUCCUGGUAUCGAGGACCUUACCUGUUGGAUGCUAUAGAUUCCCUCCAACCUCCCACAAGAGAUUUUUCAAAGCCUCUACUUAUGCCAAUAUGUGAUGUCAUUAAAACAUCAUCAUCAGGACAGGUGUCUGCAUGUGGUAAAUUGGAGGCUGGAGCUCUUCGAAGUGGGUUCAAGGUUCUAGUCAUGCCAUCUGGAGAUGUGGCAACAGUGCGUUCCCUAGAACGUGACUCUCAGACUUGUGCCAUUGCAAGAGCAGGAGACAAUGUGGCUGUUUGUCUACAAGGUAUUGAUGGAAGUAAUGUGAUGGCUGGUGGUGUGCUUUGUCACCCAGACUUUCCAGUUGCGGUUGCAACUCGUUUGGAGCUGAAGGUUCUUGUCUUGGAUAUUAAAACCCCAAUUUUAAUGGGCUCUCAGUUGGAAUUUCACACACACCAUUCAAAGGAGGCUGCAACAAUUGUAAAGAUACUGUCGUUGCUCGAUCCAAAGACUGGAAAAGUAACGAAGACAGCUCCCCGUUGUGUAACAGCAAAGCAGAGUGCAGUACUGGAGGUGGCUUUGAGUGGAGCAGUAUGCGUGGAAGAGUUCUCAAAUUGCAGAGCUCUUGGGAGAGCGUUUUUAAGAGCAAUGGGAAGAACUCUUGCUGUAGGCAUUGUAACCCGAGUAAUAAAGGAGCAUGAAUAGAGGCCCACUUAAACAUAAAGAGAGUGUAGCUAAAUACACUACGGGUUUCACUAGAGACCAGUCUCUCAAGCCUCUGCAGUGCCUUCUAAAUUAAUUACUUCCAGAGUGUAGCAUUAUUUAUUUAUUUUAUUUUAUUUUAUUGAUGGUAUCUCUCUCUCCUUUUUCUUUCCAAGGGGGCCUUUAGAGCCAAAUGUGGCAAAACCACCCCCUCCUCUUCCGACUUCAAUGUGCAUUAUUCCUUUCUUUUCCUUCUCUCAGCCCAUUUGAUUCUGUGGAUAGUAAGAAAACAGCCAUUUGCUACUUGAUUCACGUGGUAUGUAUAUAUACUGGUCAUGAGUAUCUCAAAAUUAUUCUAGUGUUAUGAUUUUCAUUUUA